AUGUCACCAGCAUGGCAUAGGUUGACUUUACAACAGUCUAAUUUACCUCCUCUCCUCUUCCAGUUCACAUGGACUCACAAAGGCUACAACCUCUAUAUAACAGACCUAACCUCCAUAUGGAGCGAAGAGCUAUCACACCACCAAAUUCUCAAACAAGCAGAAGAAAACGCCACUACUAUCGAUCCAAGCGAAGAUAAAGAUCAAUUCGAAGUGCUGCUGGUAAAGAUCGGCGAAGCUCUACGCGGCGAUGGAGGCAGUGCAACACUUAAUUCAUCUCAAAGCAAUGAGCUUCAACUUACGACGAGCUCGAAGCUCCCUCCUCCGCUUCGACCACUUAAGUGGAUAAUGCAUUUAUCAAAGCAAGCUUCUCCGUCUAUAACGGAUCAACUUCUGCUCCCGCUACUAAGAAAUGAGGCGGGGUGGGAAUUUCGACAGCGACUCCUAUUAGACCAGCUUAAACAGAAAGACUGGGUCAUUGGAAAAAUGUUUGAUAAGUUCGAGGUACUCGGGGUAGAUCCUGGAACUGCUUUUCCUGCUGCUGCGGGAGUUCGUUCUAAGAAGGGAAACACGAGACCUGAUGUUGGUCGAGUUAUCAAAGGUGUUGCGAUAUUUGAUGAAACAAAAUGGCUCCGAGAGUCUACAAAGGCUUCAUCCAAUGGCUCUAAUAGCUUGGCUACGGAUAUUAUCAAUGGAAUUAAAAGUGUUGAUAUUGAGAAACUGCGUGCGCCGGAGGAUCAGUGGUGGAGCGACCUGCCAUCACUCUCGGAAUUCUCGUUUCUAUCCGACAAGAGUGAUCAAAAAUCAAAUGAACGGUCUUCAACUACACGAAAGGAUGAUAAAAUCAUCAGCUCGCAGCAUGAUUACGAUCUAGACAAAGACGGCGCAUCGACCGCUAGCGAAGAGGAUGAAUUUCAGGUAAAGGAAAGUCUGCCUCGUCGCAAAGCACAAGAUAAAAAGCCCGAGGUUACUCCGCCACAAACAAAAGCAAAGACAAAAACUCAACCGCCGACUAAAGAUCCAGAUGCCACAGCAUCAGACUCAGACUCAGACUUAGACUUGGAGUCUAAGAUUAUCGCAACAACACAGAAGAAGCGCACACCUACACCAGAAAAUAAACACGAAGAACCGCUUAAAAAGUUCACCAAAGCUAAAGGAGGCCUUGGUGUAAUCGGAGGCAAGAAAAAGAAAGAAGAAAAGCAACCAUCUCCAAGUCCAGCUCCAGUUCCUUCUCCGUCUCCACCCCCACAGGCAGAACCACCGGCCCCGGAGACAUCAAAAUCAGCUAAGGAAGCUUCUACUGAAGCACCGGCAACUCCAAAAGCUAAAAGAAGCACUAAGCUUGGGAUGAUAGGCGGGAAGAGCAAAAAGAAAGCCCCUGUUGCUCCAGACCCUAGUUCUCCUGUUGCUGAGCAGGAACAAGAACAGGUACAAGGACCACCUAGUGCAAGGAAAGGGGACACUAAAGAGACUGAAGCUACUCGACCUGUAAAGGAAGAGGCGUCUCAGGGUUCGCCGAAGAGAGAAGAGGCUGCCCCUCCGCCGGCCGCGGCUGAGACGGAGGAGCAGAAGACUACUCGGAAACGGGAUGAGUUAAAGCGACAGCUUGAGGACAAGAGUAAAGCCCCUAAGAAGAAACGGAGGUUCUAG